UUUCCGACAGCACCUGACGUACACACCAGCCGGAGCCUUACUGCAGGUGAACUGACCCUCCGGACGCCCACCAACACCUCUCCUCACCGGGUAUCUACCACCAUCAGCCGGCCAUGGCGCUCCGGAGGUUCUUCGUGGGGGGAAACUGGAAGAUGAACGGGAACAAGGAGAGUCUGGAAGAGCUGAUUACCACCCUGAACACCGCCAGCCUGCACGACCAGACCGAGGUGGUGUGUGCUGCCCCCUCCAUCUACCUGGACUUUGCUCGGUCCAGCCUGGAUCCCAAGAUCGGUGUCGCGGCCCAGAACUGCUACAAGGUGGCCAAGGGAGCGUUUACAGGGGAGAUCAGUCCGGCCAUGAUAAAGGACUGCGGGGCAGACUGGGUGGUCCUGGGGCACUCUGAGCGCCGCCAUGUCUUUGGGGAAGGUGACGAGCUGAUUGGCCAGAAGGUGGCUCACGCUCUGGAGAGUGAUCUGGGUGUGAUCGCCUGCAUCGGGGAGAAGCUGGAGGAGCGCGAGGGAGGCACCACAGAAGAAGUGGUCUACGCUCAGACGCAGGUCAUUGCAGAGAACGUGAAGGACUGGGGGAAAGUGGUCCUGGCAUAUGAACCUGUGUGGGCCAUCGGCACAGGCAAGACAGCUACACCUGAACAGGCUCAGGAGGUCCAUGAGAAGCUGAGGGCGUGGCUCAGAGCCAACGUGUCGGACGACGUGGCCGACUCUGUGCGCAUCAUCUACGGAGGUUCAGUCACGGGAGCUAACUGCAGGGAGCUGGCGUCUCAGGGCGACGUGGACGGCUUCCUGGUGGGCGGAGCAUCCCUGAAACCGGAAUUUGUCGACAUCAUCAAUGCACGUGCGUAACAGACACAGGAAAUGGCUCCGUCCGGACCGAUGAAAGCACCCUCCCUUUAGAUGGUCACCGUGUGUCUGCAGACCGGGCCGACUGACCCACAGACGGACACACAGAUCUAUCCUGCAAAAUAAAUGUUGAAUCAGCUAAAUUCAGGACGGUAGAAUUCAGUAAAUGUCAGUUCGUUUUUGUUGUGUUUUUCUGUCAUCGCUCUUUUGUUUGUCACACACAGCACACAGUCACUACUUUGCUUUUACCUUGACGUCUGUUUCUCAUUGUGUUGCAGUGUCGAAUGUGUGUUCACUGCGAGGCAUUAAAAAGUCAGGAAACGUGCAAACAUUGUCAGACGAGUUCAUGUCCUGUUCUACAGAAGAAAUGAGUUCAGCUUCUGCUGUUAGUUUGUGGUGAAACUACAUUAUUGAUGUUAUGAUACUGCUGUUAUUUCCAGCAGAAGAUCAGUCAGCCCGGGUUGUUUGUGCUAACAGGCUGAUGACAGUGUUGUAAUGUUGUAUUGAUGAUGCACUCACUCUCACUCAACUGCACUAACUUCAGGGCCCCUUCGAUAAAAGCUCUGGACAGAAUGUACUUAAAUAUAAGAUAAAAUAUUAGGCAGAGUCGGGGACUUUUGUUGUGAACUUGUCACUAAUAGGCACUAAAGCUUUAUGUGGACACGGCUGCACAUUAAUAAGGAGGAUGUGACCAAUGUAAGAGCGGAAUGAAUAAUUAAA